AUGCUCUCCAAGACCAUCUUCGCUACUGCCUUCUUGGCCCUCGCUGCCUCUGUCGCCGCUGCCCCUACCCCUGCUCCCAACUCUCCCGACCUCCUCCAGUCCCUUGACAACCUCUUGUCCCCUGGAUCUUCCGACUCUGCUCUUGACGGCAACUCUGCCUCUGCCAAGGGCAACGGUGACGGCAACGGCGAUGGCAACUCUGCUGGCAACGGCAACUCUGCCGGCAAUGGAAACUCUGCUGGCAACGACAACGGCAACGGCAACUCUGUCGAUGGAAACUCCUUGAUCAACCUCAGUGGCUUGGACAUUGACGUUGACCCGACGAUCACCCUUGUCCUCUAA